GGUGCUAAAAGUGACCAUGGCGAGGCUGUACGAGAUGUUGGUACAAUCUGGACAUAUAGAGAAACCAUCUGAACAUUACGUGAGGGAAAAUGAUUUUUGCCCAUUCCAUAAAAAGAAAGGGCAUCACAUUGAUGAAUGCAUUGAGUUUCAUCAAAAGGUUGCGAGAAUGCUGACUUUAGGAGAACUAAGGAUUGAGGCUGCAAGAGAUAAUGAAGAGAUCGAGAUGAUAGAAAAUCAGGGGAAAUGUAGAGUCCAAUCAACAGCUAAUGGGCUCUCAAAAUUGGUAUUAACUAAACCCUCAUAUGCAAACAAAGUAGACUAUGGAGUGAUGCCUGGAGAUUAUGGUUAUACCUCGAAUAUUGAAACUCCUUUACCGCUGUUCCGAACUGAGAUAAGUGGACUAACUCGGAGUGGUCGUUGUUUCACACCUGAAGAACUAGAGAAACAAAGAAAGGCUAAGGGCAAGGAGGUGUUGGACCUCGAUAAAGAGUUUGAGGUGAAUAAACCUGUGACUGAGGAAGAAACAAACGAGUUCUUGAAAUUGAUGAAGCAUAGUGAGUACUGUAUAGUGGAUCAGUUGAAGAAGACCCCUGCCAAGAUCUCCAUCAUGUCAUUAAUACUCAGUUCCGAGCCGCAUCGUAAUGCUUUGCAAAAAGUACUGAAUGAGGCCUACGUACCCCAAGAUAUUGAACAAAAGACUAUGGAGCAUCUAGUAGGGAGGAUCCAUGCUGCCAAUUACUUAUAUUUCACGGAAGAUGAACUUGACGCUGAAGGAACUGGACAUAACAAGCCCUUAUAUGUCACGGUCCGAUGCAAAGAUUGUCUCAUUGGUAAAGUUCUCAUCGAUAACGGCUCAGCCCUUAAUGUGUUACCAAGGCAUAUGCUGGAUGAAAUGCCAGUGGAUCCCUCACACAUGCAACCCAGUGUGAUGACGGCUAGAGCGUACGAUGGCUCACCGAGGCAAGUGAUAGGGACAAUUGAGGUCGAACUAGCUGUGGGUCCACAAGUCUUUCUAGUAACCCUUCAAGUGAUGGAUAUCCACCCUUCCUAUAGUAUGUUGUUAGGAAGGCCAUGGAUACAUUCUGCAGGAGCUGUCACCUCCUCGUUGCAUCAAUGUUUGAAGUACAUUGCCAAUGGCGUUCUGGUUACUGUUAAGGCUGAGGAGACUAUAUCAAUGGUAAGAAAUGUGGCGGUUCCAUUCAUUGAAGCUGAAGAUUGUAAGGAUGGAAACCUUCAUGCAUUUGAAGUUGUGAAUACCGAGUGGGUACCCGAGAACACUGUGGUGAGGAAACCAGAACUCUCAGAGGCCACCAAAAUGAGGUUUGGGCUUGGAUAUAAGCCCAAGAAAGAGGAUUACAAGCGAGUUGCUGGUGCAAGAAGGGAGACAAGAAUGGCUAGGAUUGAAGGAAGGAAGCCUGAAGAAGAAAGCCUAGUCAUCCCUCCAAUCAGGAUUUCUUUUCCAAAGGCCGCAUAUGUGAUGCAACCUGAUAAGGGACACGGAAACCUCUUUCAGAAGUUUUUUUCAAUGAACAUAAACACUCUGGAGGAAGACCAAGUCAAGAACAUUGCUGAGAAAAUUGAAUCUGGAAGAAAGGAUGAAGAGCUGCCACAAUUAACGAUCCGCCCUCGGGAAGAAGUCACCGACAUGACUUUCAUUCGAAAGCUAGCCGAAGGAGAGAAGUUCCAGAAUUGGGAGACCCAAGAAGCUCCAUUGGUUUUCAAAAUGAACCCUGAAAGCGGAUCCUCCACAACAACACCUGCACUUUACAUUGAGAAUGAAUGGCCAAACUUUAAAGAACACAUAGUAGCUGUAGAAGAUGAGGAAUGGGGGGAGAAAAACAUAGGGGAAUUCACGAAGUUAAUAGAACAGCAUGAACAGGCUUGGAGGCCCGCUAAAGAGGAACUUGAAACCAUAAAUGUGGGUAAUGAAGAAAUCAAGAGAGAGCUGAAAAUAGGGACUUUGAUCACCCCUGAAGAAAAGGAAGAAUUGAUUGCACUGCUCCGAGUUUACGUAGAUAUCUUUGCGUGGUCCUACGAGGAUAUGCCUGGUUUGGAUACGGAUAUCGUAGUACAUAGGAUACCACUGGUGGAAGGAUGUAAACCGAUUAAGCAGAAGUUGAGGAGAACUCAUCCGGAGGUCUUAAUCAAAGUAAAAGCAGAAAUUGAAAAACAAUGGAACGCUGGUUUUUUGGAGGUAGUCAAGUAUCCGCAAUGGGUGUCAAACAUAGUGGUGGUACCCAAAAAGGAAGGUAAAAUCAGAGUUUGUGUGGACUUUAGGGACGUAAACCGGGCUAGCCCUAAAGAUAAUUUCCCUCUACCACACAUAGAUAUGUUAGUUGAUAAUGCAGCACGCAGCUCCACAUAUUCCUUUAUGGAUGGAUUUUCGGGCUACAAUCAGAUAAAAAUGGCGCAAGAGGAUAAAGAGAAGACAACCUUUAUAACACCAUGGGGAACAUUUUGCUACAAAGUCAUGCCAUUUGGUUUAAAGAAUGCUGGGGCCACCUACCAAAGGGCUAUGGUGACUUUGUUUCAUGACAUGAUGCACAAAGAGAUUGAAGUAUAUGUCGAUGACAUGAUUGCUAAAUCUAGAGAGGGAGAGAAUCAUGUCCAAAUAUUGAAGAAAUUGUUUGAAAGACUAAGGAAAUAUAAGUUGAGACUUAAUCCGGCGAAGUGUUCGUUCGGGGUGAAAUCUGGGAAGUUGUUAGGAUUUGUGGUGAGUGACAAAGGGAUAGAAGUGGAUCCCGACAAAGUAAAGGCUAUUCAAUCUAUGCCACCUCCCAAGACUGAGAAGGAUGUGAGAGGUUUCUUAGGAAGGUUGAAUUACAUUGCUCGGUUUAUAUCCCAAUUAACCACGACUUGUGACCCGAUCUUUCGUUUGUUAAGAAAGAAGAACCCUGGAAUUUGGAAUAAAGAGUGCGAAGAGGCUUUUGAGAAAAUCAAGCAGUACUUGUUGAAUCCACCCCUGCUUGUUCCUCCUGUACCAGAAAGGCCAUUGAUAUUGUACCUAACAGUAACAGAAACAGCAAUGGGAUGUGUGCUUGGGCAACACGAUAAAACCAGAAGGAAGGAAAGGGCCAUUUAUUACUUAAGCAAGAAGUUCACGGAAUGUGAGUCUAGGUAUACUGUGAUUGAGAAGCUGUGUUGCGCACUGUCAUGGGCUGCAAAGAGAUUACGUCAGUAUAUGUUGUAUCACACUACGUGGUUAAUUUCCAAAUUAGACCCGUUGAGGUACAUUUGUGAAAAGCCCUACUUAUCAAGCCGAAUUGCAAGAUGGCAAGUUCUAUUGGCUGAGUAUGACAUAGUAUAUAUGACAAGGAAAGCUGUAAAAGGGAGUAUUAUUGCCGAUCACCUGGCUGACCAUGCUAUGGAAGAUUAUGAAUCAUUAGACUUUGAAUUUCCCGAUGAAGAUGUGCUUUCAAUCGAGGAAGAGAAAUCAAAUUGGUGGAUUAUGUACUUUGAUGGUGCUGUAAAUGUAUGUGGUAACGGAGCGGGUGCGGUGAUAAUCUCUCCUGAUAAGAAGCAGUAUCCGGUUUCAGUUAAGCUACAGUUCGGGUGCACCAACAACACGGCUGAGUAUGAAGCUUGCAUUCUCGGUUUAGAGGCUGCAUUGGAGCUAAACAUCAGAAAGAUAGAUGUGUAUGGAGACUCAAUGUUGAUCAUUUGCCAAGUAAAAGGAGAAUGGCAAACCAAGGAAGAGAAGUUAAGGCCUUACCAAGAAUAUUUGUCUAAACUGGCUGGAGAAUUUGAGGAAAUAGAGUUCACCCAUCUAGGAAGGGAAGGAAACCAGUUUGCAGAUGCUUUGGCUACACUAGCAUCUAUGGCCAAAAUAGACUUUGGGCACAAGGUACAACCAGUACACAUCAAUAUCAGAAAUAACCCAGCUCAUUGUUGCUCAGUCGAAAGAGAAGUGGAUGGAAACCCUUGGUACUAUGAUGUCAAGAAUUUCAUCCAAAACCAGACAUAUCCCAUGGGGGCAUCCAAAAUCGACAAGAAGACCUUGAGGAGGUUGGCAAUGGAUUUUUAUCUUGAUGGGGAGAUUUUGUAUAAGAAAUCAUUCGACGGGACUUUGUUGAGAUGUUUGGAUGAAUUUGAGGCAAAAAGCGCGUUGCGAGAAGUCCAUGAAGGGAUUUGCUCAACCCAUGCUAAUGGACAUGUGAUGGCUAGGAAGAUACAAAGAGCCGGCUACUUCUGGAUGACAUUAGAAAAGGAUUGCAUCGACUAUGUCCGAAAAUGUCAUAAGUGCCAAGUAUACAGUGACAAAAUCAACGCCCCUCCAACUCCUCUAUUUAACUUGACAUCUCCAUGGCCCUUCGCGAUGUGGGGAAUUGAUGUGAUUGGACCUGUAAACCCAAAAGCCAGCAAUGGUCAUAGGUUUAUUCUCGUGGCUAUCGACUACUUUACAAAAUGGGUAGAAGCCGGAUCAUUUGCUCAUGUGACGCAAAAAGUAGUGAAGAAAUUUAUUGAGAGAGAUUUGAUUUGUCGAUAUGGUCCACCAGAAAAGAUUAUCACUGAUAAUGCCCAGAAUUUCAAUGGCAAGAUGAUAAUAGAACUUUGCGCUAAAUGGAAAAUCAAGCAUUCCAACUCUUCGCCGUAUAGACCAAAGAUGAAUGGUGCGGUAGAAGCUGCUAACAAGAAUGUCAAAAAGAUUAUUCAGAAGAUGGUAGUCACCUAUAAGGAUUGGCAUGAGAUGUUGCCAUUUGCCCUUCAUGCGUAUCGCACUGCAGUCCGAACCUCAACAGGAGCCACCCCGUACACGUUGGUAUAUGGAAUGGAGGCGGUUAUGCCUUUAGAAGUGGAAAUCCCCUCAUUGAGAGUACUGGUAGACUCUGGGCUGGAAGAGGUAGAAUGGGUAAAAGUUAGAUAUGAACAGCUGAAUCUGAUCAGUGAAAAGAGGAUAGCCGCAAUCUGUCAUCAUCAACUUUACCAAAGAAGGAUGGCCAAAUCAUACGACAAAAAGGUUCGACCUCGAGGAUUCCACGAAGGAGAUCUUGUACUGAAGAAAAUAUUGCCGUUACCAGGAGAAGAUCAGAGUAAAUGGGCGCCGAACUAUGAGGGCCCUUACGUGGUGAAGAAAGCAUUCUCGGGAGGAGCUUUGCUGUUGUCUAGAAUGGACGGAGAAGAUCUAGUUAGGCCAGUGAAUUCUGACUCUGUAAGGAAAUAUUACGCUUGA